AUGUACGGGAGCCACGACCACCUCAGAGCAUGGCACCACGGGAAUGGGGAGAGUGGGUCUGGAAAAACAGAGGCUACCAAACUCGUCCUUCGCUACCUAGCAGCAAUACAUCACAAAGCUAAUCUUGCGCAGGAGAUACUCGAGGCAGCUCCUCUGCUGGAAUCUUUUGGAAAUGCCAAAACUGUGCGGAAUGAUAAUUCCAGUCGCUUCGGGAAAUACAUAGAGGUCUUUCUGGAGGAUGGUGUGAUCAGUGGUGCCAUAACCUCUCAGUAUCUACUGGAAAAGUCCCGUAUUGUCUUUCAGGCCAAAGAUGAGAGGAACUAUCACAUCUUCUACGAGAUGCUGGCAGGUCUUCCUUCACAGCAGAAGCAGGCUUUCUAUCUACAAGAAGCUGAAACUUACUAUUACCUCAACCAGGGAGGGAAUUGUGGGAUAACAGGAAAGAGUGAUUCAGAGGACUUCCUACGUCUUCGUGCUGCCAUGGAAAUCCUUCAUUUCACCCCAGAUGACCAGUCGGCCAUCUUUAGAGUUCUCUCUUCCAUACUGCACCUGGGCAACGUCUACUUUCAGAGACAUGAGGCUGAUGGCCAGGAGGUGGCGUCAGUGGUAAGCGCUCAGGAGAUCAGAGUGGUGGCAGAGCUGCUGCAGAUCUCCCCAGAGGGACUACAGAAAGCCAUCACCUACAAAGUUACAGAGACGAUGAGGGACAAAAUCUACACCCCUCUGACUGUAGAAAGUGCUGUUGAUGCCAGAGAUGCUGUUGCCAAGAUCCUGUAUUCGCUGCUCUUCCAUUGGUUAACAGAAAGGAUCAACGCUCAGGUGUACCCUCACCAACACACCCUCUCCAUCUCUAUCCUGGACAUUUACGGAUUUGAGGAUCUGGCCUUCAACAGCUUUGAGCAGCUUUGCAUUAAUUAUGCAAACGAGUACCUGCAAUUCUUCUUCAACAGGAUCGUGUUCAGAGAAGAACAGGAGGAGUACAGCAGGGAACAGAUCCCGUGGCAGGACAUCACAUUUAGUGACAACCAGCCGUGCAUUGACCUCAUUGCCGCUAAGCCUCAUGGGAUAUUGAGGAUUCUGGAUGACCAGAGCUGUUUCCCUCAAGCAACAGACCACACUUUCCUCCAAAAGUGUCACUAUCACCAUAGCAACAGCCCACUCUAUGAGAAGCCAAAGAUGCCUGUUCCAGAGUUUACUCUCAAGCACUUUGCUGGUCGAGUCACCUACCAGGUACUCAGCUCCUCACUAACUCAUCAGUGGCUUUCUAUUGGCCAGUUAGUUACGAAAAUGUAUCUGAUUGGUUGAAAUCCGUUAAAUCAU